GGGGAAAUACAGGGGCAGAGGGCGGAAAUCAAUUCUGGCCUCGACCAUGGACGUUCCGGAAGUUCCAAUCUCUCCAUUUUCUGUCUUUGACAUUGGCGUGUUUGACAACACCCCGACAACACUCGUUCCUCCACACCCUCGUACCGUCGACAGCGUCUUUCGAUGACGCUGGCGGCCCCAAUCCACGGAUACAAUGGACGGUGAUCCUGCUGUCGAGCACCAACUCGACUCGUUCAGUGUGACGUUUCCGCUUCCCUAUCGGAUUGCCUUUAUCGUCAUCUUAGCUGUCUGGGGAUGGGGCUUCAACCUCCACUUCUUGCACCUCCGCCGCAUCGAUGUGCCCGCCCUGAUCCGGUACCCCGGCCGCUCGAGCUCGACACAGCUAACCCACCACCACUCGACCUACCGUCUCGCCUCGUUCCUCUCCAUCGCGUCGGGCGCCUCCAUCCUCAUUUUCUGGCUCUUCACCCGCCGCGACCCGCGCCGGGUAAUCGACUAUGACUGGCUGCCCAUGACCAACCUGCUCGUCCUGGCCGCGCUCUUCUCCAUCCCGCUCCGCCGCCUCUCCGUCUCCCACACCGGCCGCAGCCGGCUGCUGUGGACCCUGCGGCGGGUCAGCGUCGGCGGGCUGGCGGAGGCCAAGGACGGCAAGUUCGGCGACAUCCUGCUGGCCGACGUGCUCACGAGCUACGCCAAGAUCCUGGCCGACCUGUUCGUCUGCCUGUGCAUGUUCUUCUUCGGCGGCCGCGACGGGUCCGCCACCGCCAGGCCCGACCGCGGCUGCGGCGGCGCCGUGCUCGUCCCCCUCAUCAUGGCCGUGCCCAGCGCCAUCCGGCUGCGCCAGUGCCUGAUCGAGUUUGUGCGCGUGCGCAAGGCCCCGUUCCGCGAGGCUACCGGCUGGGGUGGCCAGCACCUGGCCAACGCCGCCAAGUAUUCGACGGCGUUCCCCGUCAUCGUGCUCGGGGCCAUGUUGCGCGGCCAAAAGGACGGCUCCCCGGGGCUGUACAGAGCGUGGGUUGCCGCUUGCCUGCUCAACUCGUUUUACAGCUUCUACUGGGAUGUGGCCAAGGAUUGGGAUUUGACACUUUUCUCGAAGGACCGCGGCUCGCCGGAGCAUCCGUUUGGUCUGCGGCGGACCCUCCUGGUGCACAAACCGGGGGUGUACUACGCUGUCAUUGUGCUGGAUCUGGUGCUGCGGUGCACCUGGAUGAUCAAGCUGAGCUCGGACAUGGAUCGCAUCAGCGAUUUCGAGAGCUCGAUUUUCCUUAUUCAGUUCCUGGAGGUGUUCAGGCGCUGGGUCUGGAUCUUUUUCCGCGUCGAGACCGAAUGGGUUCGGAAUUCGACGACCGGUUUGGGAAUGGACGACAUGGUUUUGCUAGGGGAUUACCAGGGUAACAAGUACGAGGAUGAGGACUGAGGGUUGGUUCUCAGGCGUUAGGACGGUCUGGCGGUGUUGUGUGGCAUUAUUGGAAAAGUCGGGCUGUAUAUUACGGUCUACGUGUGCAUUAGAGGGGCGUUUGAAGACUGCUGGCAGAGGUAUGGGCAAGAUAUUCCUAUCAAUCACGAACUGUAGACUAAUAUCUCUUCGCGAAAGAAUACACACCGGCUUUCGUUCAAA